GACUCCCUUUCCUUCCUCGCAUCUGCCUCUUGUCGGAGAAAUAAGAUUAUAAGCACCUUAAUUCUCCCCUCGUUACUACUCAGCUCUACACCCAUUACUUGUUCAAAAUUAUCCUUUCCUUUCUUCUCUCUGUAGGGCAGAGUCGUCAAGAUGCCGUUCGGAAUACUCGAGUACCAUGGCCAUACGGAGAUUGUUCCAGGCACAGCGUGCAUGAACGACCAAUCUGAUCUUCCUUCUGAACUUCACGACGUUCCAACGGAGCAGUUGAAGCACGGCACUGGAAAAUACUCCCACAUUAUUCUUGUCCCUCAACCCACCGACGACCCCAACGACCCAUUGAAUUGGCCAUUAUGGAAGAAAGAUAUGAUUCUUUGCAUCGUUGGCCUUUCUGCUGCUGUCGUAGGCGCAUAUGGCCCAAUGCUGGGCCCUGGCAUGAUUCCAAUCGCUCAAGAGCUCAACAUUUCGAUCAACACGUUGGCUCAAUCUACUGCUUGGCUUAUUCUCACUAUCGGUCUCAGUGUUUUCAUCACGAAUCCGCUGGCUAAAAUUGUCGGGAAACGUCCUGUCUACGUCCUCGCCAUUAUCUUCCUUACCAUUGUCAACAUCUGGGGCGCUGCAGCUAAGACAUAUAGCUCUUUCCUUGGCUCACGUAUCGUUGGAGGCUUUGCCAUGGCUCCUUAUGAAAUUUUGGUCCAAGCUACCAUUGGUGACUUGUACUUUGUUCAUCAACGCGCUACCCGCAUUGCGGUUUGGAAUCUAUUCCUACUGUGCGGUAUCGCAGGUGCGAGUUUCAUAUCAGGCUACAUCAUUGAAGAUCUCGGUUACAAAUGGACCUUUGGAAUCUGCUCUAUCCUCUUUGGAGUCUGGAUCUUUGCCAUAUUCUUCUUCGUCCCAGAAACUGCGUAUCGCCGACCGAAGGGAGCUCUUCCUCAUGCGAAGACAUCGAGCGACAACUCAGCCUCCAACCAUGCGUCGCCAGACCACCCAUCUACCCCUGAAAAGGGUGCUUUCGAAACUAGCGAAGCUGCAGCAGGGUCUGAGACUAUUCCAGCCAAGAAAACCUAUGUUCAAACUCUCGCAAUCUUCAGUGGGACUUAUACCUCUCAACCACUAAAGGUCUUCAUUCGCCCAUUCAUCAUGUUCACCUACCCCGCUGUGAUUUGGGCCUGGCUUCUCUAUGGCACUGUAAUCACCUGGAUCGUCGUCUUCUCUGUCGUCAAUGGUGUCAUCUUCCCAACAACCUAUGGAUUCUCUGUUUCAGAAACAGGCCUCACUGGCCUCUCUCCAUUCAUAUUCUCCCUAAUCGGAGAAGCUAUCUCGGGGCCCUUGAAUGACUGGAUCUGCGUCAAGCUUACGGAGAAGAACAAGGGUAUCUAUGAGCCUGAGUUCAGGCUGCCGUUGAUGAUUGUAGUUGUUAUCUUAGGUACCGUUGGAUUCUAUGGUUUCGGCGCUACUGUCGACGCAAAAACUCACUGGACCGGGCCAGUAAUAACAUACGGCCUCGCGAACAUGUCACUGGCUUUCCUGGCAACCUGUGUGUUUGGCUAUCUCCUCGAUUCGUACCCUAGAUUAUCUGAGGAAGCCUUCGUGGCUAUUAACUCACGCAACUUGCUUACUUUCGGCCUGACUUAUUUCGUCAAUGACUGGAUUGCUAAAGAUGGCCCACUCAAGGUCUUCGAAAUCCUUGGUUCCGCGUUCUUGGGUGUCAGUAUUCUCACAGUCCCUCUUUGGGUCUUUGGAAAAAGGAUUCGAGGAUGGAUUGCAGAGAGGCAGUUCCUCAAUGAUUUUAUGAAUGAUCUGGACUAGAAACUAGGAACUGUAAAUUUUUUAAAAACUGCUUGCUUGAGCGUGGAGUUGGACUGUCG